UCGUCCUCCACCUGCACAACUCAUCCUCUGUCUCUUUCCUACAACCUUGCGCCGUAAUUGGCGUCGACAUGCAACCUCUCUCCCGUCCCCAUCCCCAUCCCCACUCAAGCACCUCCUCCCACCUCGCAACCGAAACAGCCCUCCUCCAAGUCCUCUACACCCGCUCGAAACACCAGCACCGCUCCCAGAUCUUCCUUGCGCGUCUCCACCGUGUCCUCCGGCUAUCCAAGCGUGUCAUCGCGUCUCUAUAUCUCGCCAACAAUCCACCCCACGCCUCGUCCUCGUCCUCGACACAAGAUUUGUACGGCACCACACGGCGGCUCCUGCCAAAUUUCUGCACCUCCCUCCUCCACGCCGCAGGACACUCCACCGCCAUCCUCGAGCUGAACCACUUCGCCCCGCUCCACACCACCCUUUUAUCAGCCUACGCCCGCCUCCUCUCCGUCUCCCUCGCGCUCGGUGCAGCACUGGGGCUGAGCCAAGCUGCGUUACUCCUUUCCGAGGCCGAACGUAGGAAGGCCUCACCCAAGGCUCCCGUAGCGGCGUCCGACGAGCCUGCCGGAGAAGACGAGGUCGGGGAGGUCAUUGCGCGGCCUGCGCCUGCGCGGCCGACGUCGCCAAAGCCACCAAGGGAGCUGGUGGAGGCCGAUGUCGCUGCCGAGCCCAGGAAGCGAAAAGCGCGGCUUGAAAAUGGAAUGGACGAGAUCUUCGGCAAGACGAAGAAGAGGACUAAAGCCAAAGUCAAAGACAAGGGACGUGAGGGGACUGGUGAGGGCAAGGGUGACGAAGGAGGAGCGAACAAGACCGACCCAUCAAAGACAUCUGGCAAGAAGCCUAAGAAGGAAUCGACCGAAAGGCAAGUCGACAAGGCCCCUGCCGAUCCCUCCGCCGACCCCGCCGACCCCGCCGACCCCGCCGACCCCGCCGACCCCGCCCCAAAGCCCAAGAAGCCCAAGGCCAUCGACGCACCCAAGCGCAAAUCCAACAAGGACAAACCCAAGAAGCCCAAGGCAAAGGGCAGAAGCACAAUGGAUGCAAUCUUUGGGUUCUAA